CUCCGAUCUCCGCAGUAGAUACACGCUUACACCUUCCUUCCUUCCCCCCCGUUACCCGUUGCGACCGUUGACCUUCAAAUUUAGAGCGAGUCUUGGCCCAGACCAACAGCCAUUAUUACCUCGUAUUAACAGUACGCUGACCGGGUCAUAGCCUCGGGGGUUCCGCAUCUCGCACGGGUCAAGGGGCAUCAACACACCACACCCCUUCCAGGAUCCCGCCGAUUCGUCCACCAGUGCAGCUUUCUUACCAACCCGAAGGCAAGCCCUCUAGCCGCCAUGGAUUUAGCACUGGACCGGCUGGUCGGCGAGGCCUGGAGUGGAUUUCUCGAGACGCCCAAGAACAUGCGGUACUUGAUUGCCAUAGGCGGCAUCCCCGGCUCCGGGAAAACGACCCUCUCCAAGCGGCUCACAGCGGCCCUCAACGCGCGGCACGCCGCUCAGUUUCCGGACCAGCCCCAACCCGUGGCCGCGUUCGUGCCGAUGGACGGCUACCACCUCACGCGCGCCCAGCUGGACGCCAUGCCGGACCCGGCCACGGCGCACGCGCGGCGCGGGGCCGAGUUCACGUUCGACGGCGAGCGCUUCUACGGCUUAGUCCAGCGUCUGCGGGAGCCGCUUACUGAUAAAACGGGAACGGUCUGGGCGCCGUCGUUUGACCACGCCAUCAAGGACCCCAAGGAGGAUGAUAUUGCUGUGGAGAGGACGCAUCGGAUUGUUGUUUUGGAGGGAAAUUACCUACUCCUAAACAAACCCCCUUGGCGCCAGGCCUCCCAACUCGCCUCCCUCAAAAUAUUCGUGUCUGUCUCCCCCGACCUCGCACGCAAAAGGCUAGUCGCAAGACACCUGGCCGCCGGACUGUGUGCCACGCCAGAGGAGGCAGACCGCCGCGCGGUCGAGAACGACCUCCCCAACGGGGAAGAAAUCGUGCGGCUACGGAUCGAAGACGUCGAUGACGUUGUGGAGAGUCGUGAGGAUGGUUCAUGGUCUAGUUGAGUUGAGCGGCUUCAAUAAGCGAGACCUCACGCCGUCUAGUAAGUACAAUCAAGACUUCGAGAGGUCGAGUGAGAAGAAGUUGAGACCGAACCGGUGGGUAAUGGUUAUGGUACAAUGAGGGAAACCAAGGCCUGAUGGACGAGUGAGUCAAUGAAUGAUAUACGAGACACGACUAUAGAUCAUAAAUGGAUUUUACCGUAGUCAGGGGUCUGAUACUCCUGCUUGUACGAGACGACGGGACAGGUGUAGGGCGGAACUUGAUGAAUCUGUUCUGAUCAAGACAGGACACAAAGGUAUCGCAUAUUGACCUACCCCUGGCAGGUACAUGCACUCAUGAACC